UACGAGAUGAGGAUGGGCAGAGGUGCUACUGAGGCCUGAGGAAGGGCCCAGGUGGGUGAGGGAGGUGCUGGCCCUAGAAAAGCUCUGGGAGCCACGGCCUCAGUUACCACGGGCUGCUGCCUGCUGACACGACCUUUCCGACUCUGGUCUAAGGAGGGGCUCCCGUGGUUAUCACUGGAGCCAUCGAACAUGCUUCUGAGGGCCCUCGAGAAACUUCAGCAGAAAUAUGGCCUAUCCCAAACCAGGCCAAGCCGCGGGCCCUGAGCCCUCCCCCUCAGCCGAGCCGGGCCGAGGGCGCAUUUGGUGAGAGUCUGGCGGCCUCUACCGGAGCGCCUCUGCAGAGGGCCGUUCCUCCAGCCCGGGGACGACAUGUGGCGCUCGGGAGAGGUGAGAGCGAGCGCGCGAGUGCGCCGGGGGCGCUGGGGGGAUCUGCAGAGGGCAGCGCGCGGCCCCGGGCGCGGCGCGGAGCGGAGCCGCAGGGCGGCGGCGGGAGCGCGGGGCGCCCGAGCCGCUCGGCCCAGGAGCACUGGGGAAGUUCGCGCUGGCAGCAUGGGGCGGUGACGCCGCACCGGCCUUCCGCGCCUGCCAGCCGGGCGAGAGCAGGCGGAGGAGAAGGAUGCACCCUCGCCGACGGCUCGCCUCCCGGGGCCGGCGCGCAGGCACCUUGCAGAACAAGGAGUAGCUUGCUGGCUUUGAACGCGUGGCACGUAUUUCAGAAAGCUUCAAGAUCAAGUUGGAGAAAAGAACAGUUAUUCUUCCAAAUUCAUCUGCUUCAACUAUUAUUCUUAUUGGGAAUGGACAAUGGAAUGUUCUCUAGCUUUAUCAUGAUCAAAAAUCUCCUUCUCUUUUGUAUUUCCAUGAACUUAUCCAGUCACUUUGGCUUUUCACAAAUGCCAACCAGUUCUGGAAAAGAUGAGACCAAUGAUAACAUCACAAUAUUUACGAGGAUCUUGGAUGGGCUCUUGGACGGCUAUGACAACAGACUCCGGCCUGGGCUAGGAGAGCGAAUCACUCAGGUGAGGACGGACAUCUACGUCACCAGCUUCGGCCCGGUGUCCGACACGGAAAUGGAAUAUACCAUAGAUGUGUUUUUCCGACAAAGCUGGAAAGAUGAAAGGCUUCGGUUUAAGGGGCCCAUGCAGCGCCUCCCGCUCAACAACCUUCUUGCCAGCAAGAUCUGGACCCCAGACACGUUCUUCCACAACGGGAAGAAGUCCAUCGCGCACAACAUGACCACGCCCAACAAGCUGCUGCGGCUGGAGGACGACGGCACGCUGCUCUACACCAUGCGCCUGACUAUCUCUGCUGAGUGCCCCAUGCAACUUGAAGACUUCCCAAUGGACGCCCACGCUUGCCCUCUGAAAUUUGGCAGCUAUGCGUACCCUAACUCCGAGGUCGUGUACGUCUGGACCAACGGCUCCACCAAGUCUGUGGUGGUGGCAGAGGACGGCUCCAGACUGAACCAGUACCACCUGAUGGGGCAGACAGUGGGCACGGAAAACAUCAGCACCAGCACAGGUGAAUACACAAUCAUGACGGCUCAUUUCCACCUGAAAAGGAAGAUUGGGUACUUUGUCAUCCAGACCUACCUUCCCUGCAUAAUGACCGUGAUCUUAUCGCAGGUGUCCUUUUGGCUGAACCGGGAAUCAGUCCCAGCCAGGACAGUUUUUGGGGUCACCACAGUGCUGACCAUGACCACCCUCAGCAUCAGUGCCCGGAACUCUCUGCCCAAAGUCGCCUACGCCACCGCCAUGGACUGGUUCAUAGCCGUGUGCUACGCCUUUGUCUUCUCCGCGCUGAUCGAGUUCGCCACCGUCAACUACUUCACCAAGAGGGGCUGGGCCUGGGAUGGCAAAAAGGCCUUGGAAGCCGCCAAGAUCAAGAAAAAGGAACGUGAACUCAUCCUAAAUAAAUCAACAAAUGCUUUUACGACCGGGAAGAUGACCCACGCCCCAAACAUCCCAAAGGACCAGACCCCAGCAGGGACCACUAAUGCAUCUUCAGUCUCAGUGAGACCUGAGGAGAAGCCUUCUGAAAGCAAAAAGACUUACAACAGCAUCAGCAAGAUCGACAAAAUGUCCCGAAUUGUAUUCCCAGUCUUGUUCGGCACUUUCAACUUAGUUUACUGGGCAACAUAUUUGAAUAGGGAGCCGGUGAUUAAAGGAGCUGCCUCUCCAAAGUGACCCACCGUGCUCCCAAACUCAAAGAGAGCCAUACUCCCAGCAAAGUUGUACCACGGAGGGCUUGAGCUCAGAGGGCCUCUCCAUGUUUGGGCACUCUCUUUCAGGAAAUUUUUGCAUGUUUAAUAAGAUGUACAAUUAAUAUUGCCUUGAUGUUUCUAUAUGUUACUUCAGAUGUUUCAAAGAUGUCACAUUGGUAAAUAAAGCAAACAACUUUCUAGAAAACCAGGAGACGAUGAUUGACACUCAGAUACUCAGUAUCUUACAUUGAUAGUUUACAAACAAGAUAAGUCUAUUUUUAACUGCUCCAAGUGUUACCUAAUGAUGUUUUCUAUACUUCCAGUGUCAUUUCAUACAAAUUUUCCCAGCAAAGAAAUAUUUUAGGAAUGCUCCAUGGUUAUUACUUGACCAACUAUUGCAAGAAACAAAGAUCACAAAGAGCACAUUUUUCAUUACAAGGAAACUUGGACAUUUAUGUACAAAAUGAAUUGCCUUUGAUAAUUCUUACUGUUCUGAAAUUAGAAAAGUACUGCAUGAUCUUACAUGAAGAAAUAGAAUAGGCAAACAUUUAUACAGACAAAUUUAAUAACAGAAAUAUAUAGUAUGUUAGAUUAACAGAUAAAAUAUUUCCCCGGGGAAAAGUUUAACUACUUAAAAAGUCUUUUUUUUUUUUCCCUUUGGAAAAGAAACUUAUUUCCCACCCCACCCACAUCUCCCACUACCCAAGAAAGAAAAGGCGACGUGAAAACGAAAAGAUGUGUGAUGACAUUCUCGACACUUGGCCUGUACGUUCGCUGUCUCCGAAACGUUGACCACCUCUCCCUGCAGCCAGCGUGUAGUGCUUCAGUGGUGAGACAUUGUAAUUAUUUUCCAUUUUAUUUCCAUGUAUGUAUUUCAUGAUUGACUUAUGGCUCUGUUAGCUUUUGUAUAUGAAUCUUAAAUGUUCAUUAAAAAAUAAAAAAUGAACUGAUCU